CAUUCCAUUCGUGUCCGUCAGUCGGACAAGGCAGGAUCGCACCGAACGAUCUACGGUUCUCGAUCGCGCUGUGAGCGACAGAAUAUUUUUAUCCAUAUUCAUCCAGUGGCUAGUCGACGUGCCAGACGACGCUUCGUCGUCACGGCGUCGGUAUUUAUUGAUACAGGACGAAGACCGUGAAAUGUUCACCGUUAACGAAGAGGAUGGAUCCUUGAUGAAAUUGACAAACCCAAAGGAUGGUCAAACAGAAACCAGGAAUAAGUGCUUGUGUCGCAGUGGUGACCCGACCCGAGGAUGAUGAGAAACGUCAGAUAACGAAAAUCAAGACGACCAAUUAACGGACGUCGCUGAUAAACUUGACAAAAAUUUAGUCGAUUUGAUUCGAGACUUAAGAAGACACGAAAGAAAUUUCAUAAGAACUGAAAGCGAUUCAUCGAGAGAUGCUGACUACGUAUUAAAUUCUUUUUUUAAAAUGUGGCCACGGUUCAGAAAAUUAUGUCGAGUAUGGACGAUCAUCUUUGCGAUCGCCAUUUUAAUCGGUAUAUUAUUAAUCUGGCCGCGAAGCAAAAGCAAUGGUACAGAUUAUCGACAAGAUUAUGUUUCAUUACGCUUAUUAGAUAAUCAAAAGGAUUACAUAGAUCGUAGAGGAAUUCACGUAGUGGUUGGACAUUAUAUUGGAAAUUCUUUGGAUCCGUUAAAAUCGCCCAACAUUACUAAAGAUGUUAUUAACAGGAACAUGUUCAGCCCUCGACCGUAUGAGGGUAAAAACGGAGAACCGGUUGUGAUACCGCCUAAAGAUUUACUGGUGAUGCAGCAGCUAUUUCAAAUCAACAGAUUUAAUCUCAUGGCCAGCGAUCGGAUACCACUGAACAGAUCUCUACCGGACGUCCGGAAGAAGAAAUGCAUAUUGCGAUAUGCAAAUUUAGAUAAAUUACCAAAAACUUCAGUUAUCAUAGUUUUUCACAACGAAGCCUGGAGCACGCUUUUGAGAACUGUUCACAGUGUAAUCAUCAGAUCGCCCAAGUAUUUAUUAGAAGAAAUCAUUCUGGUCGAUGACAACAGUGACAGAGAAUUUUUGAAAAAGUCCCUGGACGAACACGUUAAACAAUUGGAAGUACCUACAAGAGUUUUGCGUUCACACAAAAGAAUUGGAUUGGUCAAUGCAAGACUUUUAGGAGCCAAUGAUGCCAAAGGCGAGGUUCUCACCUUUUUAGACGCUCAUUGCGAGUGUACAGCUGGAUGGCUGGAGCCGUUGUUGGAGGCUGUUGCGAAAAAUCGGACAAGAGUAGUCUCACCAGUCAUUGACAUUAUAAACGAUGACACUUUUAGUUAUACCAGAUCCUUCGAGUUACAUUGGGGAGCAUUCAACUGGGAUCUUCACUUUCGGUGGUUGACCUUAAAUGGCCAGUUGCUCAAACAACGUCGUGAGAGUAUUGUGGAUCCGUUCAAGACACCAGCAAUGGCCGGCGGCCUUUUUUCCAUGGACCGGAAAUACUUCUUUGAACUGGGCAGCUACGACGAUCAGAUGCAAAUUUGGGGUGGUGAAAACCUUGAAUUGUCUUUUCGCGUUUGGCAAUGUGGCGGAAGCGUCGAGAUUGCUCCUUGCUCUCACGUUGGUCAUCUAUUUCGAAAAUCAUCACCCUAUACGUUUCCGGGUGGCGUCGGUGACAUCCUGUACUCGAAUCUCGCGCGUGUUGCUCUCGUCUGGAUGGAUGACUGGGCUGAAUUUUAUUUUAAGUUUAAUCCUGAAGCCGCCAGGCUGAGGGAUAAGCAGCAGAUUAGAUCUAGGUUAGCGCUGCGUGACAAAUUGCAGUGCAAAAGUUUUGAAUGGUACCUGGACAAUGUGUGGCCUGAACAUUUUUUCCCCAAAGAUGACCGUUUUUUUGGAAAGAUUGUCAAUGUGUUUUCUGAAAAAUGUCUUACGAUGCCCAUGGCUAAGGGAUCUUUUCCCCAACCCUCAGGAUACGCUGUCCUGGAAUCUUGCAUUUCACCCCCUAAUCUGGGUCAAAUGUUUGUCAUGACAAAGGACAACAUUGUGAUGACCGAUGAAAGCGUUUGUCUCGAUGCACCAGAACGGGAUACACGUCAUGAGAGACCAAAAGUCAAAAUGAUGGCCUGUAGUGGAUUGCAGAGACAGAAGUGGGAAUAUGACAAAGACACAAGAAUAAUGAAACACGUGAGUUCCGGUAUGUGUCUCGAAGCAUCUUCAAAUAGAGAAGAAGGUCCUGUAAUAGCAGCAUGCAACAAAAACGUUGAACAACAAUGGAGACUGGAAAAGGUUCCUUGGAAAUAAAAUAAUCUCCGUAUCUUUUCUAUUUAUGUCUGACAUGCCAUGUUUUCAUAUCAUUAUUCGUUGUUUUUUUUUUUUUAAUAUCAAAUUCAAAUCUUCAUUGUGAAGUUGUCAGCGUAUAGAUAAGGUACGUUCCGUCGAGAUAUGCUUUAAUUGUUAUGUUCUACAAAAGUAUAGUUUUCUACGAUUACUCGAUAGAAAAAUAAUCCAUGCUAAAGUGUUGAACUAAAGACUGAAUGUAGAUAGGAGCAACAUAAACGUCUAUAUUACACAAGGAGUUUGCGUUAGACGAAAUGUUAUGAAUAUUUCAACGUGAAGAUAGACUCGAAAAAUUUGUGACAAAUAGAAAAAAAAAAUGCCAAGACAAUAAUACAUCGCAUUGCAAGAAGAUUGUAUGCAUCUUAUUAAAUUAUCUGUACCUAUUAUAAUUGUUGUAUAUGCAAAUGACUGGCAAUGGAUAUGUACAGUCUGACGAGAAAUUGUUGCGUUCACAGUGAAACUGUAAUUAUUUGAAAUAAUAGUAGCAAAUUUUUUAUUCCAA